GUGGUACAAUGGGUGAAAAGGUUGAAAAGCCCUGGUUUAAGGGACCCUAUGAGGGGGAUGAGGUAAAGCCACACAGGACAGGACAGGCCCCUGAAUGGAUGGAGGGAAGGUGCAUGCCGGCUGCCCAGGACCAAUUUCGGGGAGGAAGCAGGACAGCAGCCUGCAAGAAUUGCCUUGUGGACUUCUUGGGAAUAUUGGGCUGACCAUUCGGAGGAACGAUGCUGUGCUAGCAGGUCCCAUGAUAUGGUUUAAUCGACUUUUUAUGUGCCCUAGAAUUCACACAUGACUCUUGAAAGAUAAAAAUAAGCUAUAGUAUCGCAAUCACAGUUUUGUUUAAUUAGCCUAACUGGGCGACCGGCAUUCGGAAGACUUAGUAGAACAAGACAGGAUCCGGCCCCCAGUCGUGGGAAGAAAGCUCAGCCCAACUCUCCCGCAGCUGAGAGAACGUCUCUGCACGUGGAGGCUUCAUUAUGGCGAUCAGGAGCCGGAGCGGACUUGCUUACCAUAAAACGUGUUUAAAGUUCCUUCCACCCAGCCGGCCUAGGAAGCCUCUGGCGCACCGUCUUCCCCCGGGGCUCCCUGGGCUGCGACUUCCUCCCUCGGGAAAGGCGAAGGGGCGGCUCCGGGCUGAUCUCCAGCCCGGGUGGGCGGAUCCGGGAGGCGGUGUCGCAGGCCAGGCAUUAGAGCGCAGGUGGCUCCGGCUGGGAGCUGCAGUCGCCUGCGGUGGCGCUUGGCGGGCUUCGGGCGUUGAGGAGAACGGGAGGCGCUGAUCGCGGCUUGGGGGCCCCCUUCUCCGCCAGUGGGAACCCCCCCAGGAGCAUCUCAGAGUCUCGCGCCUUCACGGAACACAUCCCGACCCGGGAGGCGGCAGGACCCGGUCGGGUGUUCAACUCAGGGUGCGACUGAAGCAUGGGGGAUCCGCUCCGUCUCCGCGCCGCCGCUUGUGCGGCGUGGCCGCCCGCCCGGCUCCAUGGCGCACCGUCCGGCGCAGGGCCCCGCUGACCACUUUUCCUCUCGGGAGCGCGAAAGGAGCUGGAGCAGGAGGACGCGCGCCGGCUGCCCUUCUUGCCGUCGGCCGGGCCAGUUCCAAGCCUGGUCUCCUCCUCCGCACGCGAUCUUUCAGAAAGGACUUUUGAAUUCUGCCGAGGGCGAAGUUAAGCCGAAACUUUUCCCGCUGCGGUGGCGGAUCCAGCCUUGCUCUCUGCGCUGAACUUCCAAGCGGAGAGCGAAGGAUCGAGGGCCCUUCAGGCUGGCUUGUUAUGGAGUUCGACUUUUUUUUUGUUUUAUCGGGUUUUAUCCCCCGCACGCACCUGUCUGGCUGGAGCAGCGAAUCCUCCGCGGAAUUGGCAGCAAGCGCUCUUGCCAUGGGAAGACUUGGGGUCCUUGGGAGGGAAAAGAAGGCCGGUUGGGGGGGCCGCGGACGUUCUCCGGGACCGCGCCACCUGUGAGCCCAGCGCCUCCAGCCUUGGAACCAGCCGGAGGGGUUAAAGCGAAGGCAGGAGCCGCCCGGGAGGAGGCGAGCAGGAGGGUGGCCUGAUCCGCGCUCUCUGCGCCUUGCCAUGGCCGGGUUUCGCUCCGGCCCGAGAGACACCUUGCUGAGCCUUCUGCUGUUCUUGCUGAAGGCUCCCGCUCCCGCUCCGGCUGCAUCCAAGGCCAUCGUCUGCCAAGAGAUCACUGUGCCCAUGUGCAAGGGCAUCGGCUACAACCUGACCUACAUGCCGAACCAGUUCAACCACGAUACCCAAGAUGAAGCUGGCCUAGAAGUACAUCAGUUCUGGCCCCUGGUGGAGAUUCAGUGCUCUCUGGACCUGAAAUUUUUCCUGUGCAGCAUGUACACUCCCAUCUGCCUGCUGGACUACGCCAAGCCUCUGCCGCCCUGCCGGUCAGUAUGUGAGAGGGCCAAAGCUGGGUGCUCUCCUUUGAUGAGGCAGUACGGCUUUGCCUGGCCAGAAAGGAUGAACUGUGAUAAGCUGCCUGUUCCAGGAGACACAGAGAUGCUGUGCAUGGAUCACAACCAGACGGAGGCCACAACCGUGCCCCCAUUGUUUACCAAACCCACCCGCUCUUCCAAAGGAAUCCACAAAAACCUCAUCCCCCUAGCCAGUGGUGACUGCAAGAGAGUGUGCGCCUGCAAAGAGCCGCUAGUCUUCAUCUCCCAAGAAACUCACCCGCUCUACAACAAGAUCGAGACCGGCCAUGUGCGCAAUUGUGCCAUUCCUUGCUUCCAGCCCUAUUUUACCCAAGAUGAAAAAACUUUUGCCACCUUCUGGAUUGGCUUGUGGUCCGUCCUUUGUUUCAUUUCCACUUUCACCACCGUGGCCACCUUUCUGAUCGACAUGGAAAGGUUCAGGUAUCCUGAGCGCCCCAUCAUCUUUUUAUCAGCCUGCUAUCUCUUUGUAUCCAUUGGCUACAUCAUCCGGCUGAUCGUGGGCCAUGCUAACGUGGCCUGCAACAAAGAUUACAACCACAUACAUUAUGAAACCACAGGGCCUGCCCUCUGCACUGUGGUCUUCCUCCUGAUCUAUUUCUUUGGCAUGGCAAGCUCCAUCUGGUGGGUCAUCUUGUCCCUGACCUGGUUUCUGGCAGCUGGGAUGAAGUGGGGGAAUGAAGCCAUUGCUAGCUACUCCCAAUAUUUUCACAUGGCAGCCUGGCUUCUUCCAAGCGUGAAGUCCAUUACUGUUUUGGCCCUGAGCUCAGUCGAUGGGGACCCAGUAGCUGGGAUCUGCUAUGUGGGCAAUCAGAAUGUGGACAAGCUGCGGGGUUUUGUCCUCGCUCCACUGGUGGUAUAUCUUUUCACUGGGACCAUGUUUCUGCUGGCUGGUUUUGUAUCCCUCUUCCGAAUUCGGAAUGUGAUUAAACAAGGGGGCACAAAGACGGACAAGCUGGAGAAGCUGAUGAUUCGUAUUGGGAUCUUCACCGUUCUUUACACUGUCCCAGCUACCAUUGUGGUGGCUUGCUACAUCUACGAGCAGCACUACAGGGAGAAAUGGGAGAUGGCUCAGAAUUGCUCCUGCCCUGGGGACAAGUCCAGACUGAAGCCUGACUAUGCUGUUUUUAUGCUCAAGUACUUCAUGUGCCUGGUGGUGGGCAUCACCUCUGGGGUCUGGAUUUGGUCCGGCAAGACGCUGGAGUCUUGGAAGCAGUUCACAGGUCGAUGCUGCAGGGGAGGGAAGCCUGUGAGCGCCACCAUGUACAGUGAAGCCAACAUAGCGCUGACAGGCCGGACUGGGCUUCCCACUUCUGCUUCCUACCACAAACAGGUUCCCCUGUCCCAUGUGUGAAAAAGCAUCUUGAUUUGUCAUUAGGGGGGCAGGUAAGCACCAUUCAUCCUAGGGCCCAUCUGGAGCCUUUCUGGCGUUUUGCUCAUUGUGGGCCUCCCAGGUUUGCAUCUGGUCUAAGAAAAGGGGGAUUAUGCACAGGUGGGGGAGGGAGAAGACCUUGCAUCUGGCCAAAGGCUGAGAUCUCAGAGGUGGUAGAAGUCCACUGUGCCCUUGUGCAAGGCAUGUUUAGAGUCAAACUAUAUAUGAAGGGAAUUGGGCAAAUCCAUCUCUGGACAAGUUUUUGCUUUUUGAUAAUGAAAAAAAAAUCCAUGGAGGCUGCAAGAGAAAGUGAAAUAUAGCAACAGGGAAGAUGAUAUACAUAAUCUUUUCUGUUCAACCUGCUUAAUUCAAAAUUAAACCAGCUCUUUUCACUC